UGUGGAUUCAGCUAAUGAGCUUAGUACCAGAAUGGUUAACCAGUCAUUGAACAAUUCAGCUGAUGUCAGUAACCAAACUUCAAACAGUUCCACUGCUAGUGAAGUCCUUAUUCGGUCCACCCAAGUUCAAGCUCCCAAAUCCUCAGGCCUUAAUUUACCAACAGAUAGAAAGUUAGACACAUCAGGAAGCAGCCAUUCAAGUACUGGGUCACACCGUGUUCGAAUCAAGGCUAAAUAUCUAAGAGAAGUUCCAUCACCAUUUAAUGCUGAGACAGAUAUUGUACCAGAGGAAGAUUUGAAAGUGCCACCUGCCCUUAUAAGAGCUUCCCCAAGAGACCCUACACCUGUUGGCAAUAAGCCUGUGCCAUUAUUAGAACAUGCAGUUUCUCAUUCUAUGUCUUCAGGAAGAGAUGUGUAUGCACAUAAAGGUGAACGUCUUCCUCACUCCACUUUAAAGUUUAAAUCUGAUUCUGUAUUGGUUCAAGGGCAGAGAAAUCAACAUCAACUAUUCCCAUCACAGACAAAAUCAGAUUAUGCUGAUGUUAAGAUAACACAAUAUAAGACUGGGCAACGUAGGAAGGUUAUGCAGGAAAAUCUAAAAAAACAGGACAGCAAAGCCCCAAUAAAACGUUACGUCCAGCCGAAUUUUGUCAACCCCAUGCCUGCCAAGGAAGAACGCGAUAAUGUGGCAAAUAUAACCAGUGAUGCUACAACAGUAGCAGCAAUGACAGCUGCCGCAGUUGCUGCUACAGCUCCAUUUCUGAAGUCACAAUCAGACUUAGAAGUGAAGAUCAAUGGAAUACUUGAGAAAUUAAACUCAAUUAAUAGUGAUAGACGAGAUGCAGAAACGACAGCAGCAAAACAGCCGUUGAAGACUGAUGGCGAGGCUGAGAGACGGUUACAAGAACUGGCGGACCUUAGGCUACUACAGAUGGAGAAAAUACAACAGCAACAGUUAGAAUGGCAGACAAGAAUGAUGUCACAUGUGUUCACUGGCGGAGCCAACCCAGAUGAUUACAGAGGUACCAUACAAUCCCAACCAUCUGGCCUUUCACAUUCUAAUGGUUACCAAGCCCAAGAUGGAACCAAUCUGCAUCCUAAUACCAAGGCACAAACUGGAGCUCACCACAAGGCAGCUAGGUCAGCGGAUUACUUAGUACCUGCUAGUCGACCUGAACCACCGGUAGUGAAAUACCAAUUAGCAACACCAAUUCCAGAGGCAUCUAAAAAACCAAUAAUCCGUACUACACAUUCGACACAGACAUCCCCGCUUGAUACCCCAGCCCCAAGGAGAAGACCCCCUCUCCCAAUGUCUAAAGAUAUGCAGCCACGUACAGUUUCUCUAAAAGGUCGACCUUUAUUAGAAGAAAUCUUAAGAAAAGAUGCAGAGGCCAAUGGUUCGAACCAAAAUUUGAAUGAAACCAUGGAUGGCAGUUUUCAAGCAGACCACAUUAAGCACAAGCAAAGAUAAAAUAUGGACAAGUGAUUAACGAGGAGAAAAAAAAAAACACAGCCAGACAGUAAAUCUUAUUCGUGGAUGCGCAUACUCGAGACGGUGAGCGACAUCACCGAUACUAUUUCUGCAUGAUUUUUGAAAUGUCAAAUAUAUUCAUAGGAAGUAAGUACAGUAUUCCAAAUGUUACUACCGGUACCAGUUGUGACACGAAUAUUGGUUAAUAAGGUGAAUGAUUUGGCAAGGAACAGUGACGUGCAUUGUAACACUUUGUUCGAUAUAAGAGUCCGAGACAUUAUUGUGAAUACCGGUAGUGAUUCUGGCACUAUUUUCCUCUCUUUAGAGCUUAUUCUCCUCUAAAAAUUAUGAAAACUCGCCUAAAGCAACAUAGUUGUAUUUCAAAGUUUCAUUUUUGUAUUACUUUUUUUGUUCUAAUUUUUAAAGGUCUACUGUGCCUCAUUACGUUUUCAAACUUCCGACCAACUUUAACCAAUUUUCUUUGUUUGUUCUCUCUCUAAUAUUCAGAAUUUGAA